AUGCAACUGGGAGAUCAACCCCACCUUGAUAAUGAAGCCACAGAAAAGCAAAGCAAAAAUAAGCAAGCAAGCAAGCAAGCACUCGAUAAAGAAUUUCUAUUUUGUAAAGUUACUCAGGAGACGUGCGUACCAAUUGUCACUCAUGGGAUGACGAUGACGCUUUUACGUAUAGUUGAAUCAGCAGUUGACAUUAAAUAA